ACGUCAAUGUCACGGAUGUCGACGUAAAUAUUGCGAUGUAAACAUUACUGGUGUCGGUGCGUGAAUCAGGAUAAUAACUGUUUCCCAAUAAGUUGCAAUUUCGAAUUUUGUUGAAUAAGACAUGGUUUCUAAAAUAAAAUAAUCAAAUUACGUUGAAUAAUCGGUUAUUGAACCAUACAUUUAUUUAUUUACUUCAAUGAGUUAUAAACGGCAUAACCUAUAUAACGCAAACAAUUUCAAUUUUCAUCAAGAUUUUAAUUUUGAUUGUUAGUACCUAAUAUGUUAUAUAUUAAUUUACACGUACAAUAAUUUUGAAUAGCAGUGAAAACAUGGAAGUUAUAGAAUGUAACGAAUUAAAACUUUGGUUAUCGCAACCCCCAAAGUACACAACAUUUAGAAUAAAUGCAUUGAAAACCUUCGAUAAAAGUAUAUUAGAGGAAUUUCUUAAGUCUCAAAGCAAAGAGCUAGGAGCAAGCCAAAUCCCAAGAUAUUACUUUGUCAGACCUGAUUGCCUUGUACUUGAGCAAUGGUCAGAUGAAGUAACAGUAGAGAAAACUGGGAUGGAUGUGAUUGUGGAUGCAGCCUGUGCUGCAGCCGUGUUGAGGGGAGCUCAUGUUUUUGCACCUGGAGUUCUUGGUCUUCCUGUUAAUUGCACACUAGAAGAAAGAGUAGAUAUUUAUGGAGACCUGGAAGGCCAUUGCAAAAGAGGUCUUAAAAUACAAUAUGAAGGUAGAAAACAGUAUGUAGGGACGGGAUACUUGAAAAUGUUAAGACCACAGUUAUAUGAUAAGGGAGUCCAACCCAGUGGAAUAGCAAUUCAUACUGUCCUACCAGCAUCAAAAUUACCUGUAGUCAAUGAAACAUUAUUUCCCAAAGGAGAAGUGCUCCUACAGAACCUACCUUCCAUUGUCUGUGGGUGGGUAAUGGAUGCUAAACCUAAUGAGAUAAUUCUGGACAUGUGUGCAGCACCUGGUAAUAAAACUACACAUUUGGCUGAAAUGUCAAAAGACCAAGCAAUUAUUAUAGCAGUAGAUAAAACUCCUCAGAGGACAGCAAAAAUCAAAGAAAAUUGUGAUUUGCAAGGCAUUUCUUGUGUUACUUCUUAUGCCUAUGAUUCAACCAAAUGUUGCUCAGAAGAAAGCACUGGUAUAAAUAAUGGGCCACCUUUCCCGCCAAAUAGUUUUGAUAAAGUGCUACUAGACGCGCCUUGCAGUGGAUUGGGCCAACGGCCCCAACUUAUGAACAAAAUGACGCCAAAGAUGGUUGGGUCCUUUAAAUGUAUUCAGAGAAAACUAAUAGCAGAAGCAGUAAAAGUGUUAAAAGUUGGCGGAAAACUGGUUUACAGUACAUGUACUAUUACAGAAAGUGAAAAUGAAGGGAUGGUAGCUUGGGCACUUGACAAGUUUCCAUCUUUAAAGUUAAUACCAGCAGAACCUCUUUUGGGUGGUCCAGGGUUGCCUAACAGGGGUCUCAAUGAUGAACAAAGCGCUGCGCCGUCGACUUUUGUGCCGAACUUAUGAACCAGACAAUACAUUUCAAUUCAUACAUAAAUAAAUACUGAUAGAGACGAAGACGCAGAUCGUAAUGGAUAACAGCUGUCAAGCUGCCAAUUAAAUCUCUCUGUCAUGGCUGUCAUCCUGGUAAUGUUAAGACUGCUACGGGCUUUGAACUCAAGACUCAAUUUCAACGUAUUUUUCUACAUUAACCACUCCUCCCCGGUAGGUGAUAAAUUC